GAAAUCACAAAACGGUGUCGUUCCAAACCAUCUACUCUAAAACCCUAGAGCAGAUAUUGAGACAGCACGUAUAUAUAAGAAGCAUCCUUUGCGAGACGAGGGAGCCAGAGAAGGCGCACAGAAGGAGCCGAUAAAAAAUGUCGAAGCGAGGAAGAGGAGGUUCCGCUGGGAACAAGUUCAGGAUGUCGCUGGGUCUUCCAGUGGCAGCGACGGUGAACUGCGCCGACAACACAGGAGCUAAGAAUCUGUAUAUCAUUUCCGUGAAAGGAAUCAAGGGCCGCCUCAACCGUUUGCCAUCAGCUUGCGUCGGAGACAUGGUGAUGGCCACCGUGAAGAAGGGAAAGCCUGAUCUUAGGAAGAAGGUCAUGCCAGCCGUCAUUGUCAGACAGCGUAAACCCUGGCGCAGAAAGGAUGGGGUCUACAUGUAUUUUGAAGACAAUGCUGGUGUCAUUGUGAAUCCCAAGGGGGAGAUGAAAGGAUCUGCUAUUACUGGACCCAUUGGGAAAGAAUGUGCUGAUUUGUGGCCAAGAAUUGCUAGUGCUGCCAAUGCUAUCGUCUGAGAGCGAAUUUUUGUUUUCAUAGUUUGGUUGACCUUAGGAUAUAUGAUGCACUGGAAGUAUUAUUUUUUCUUGUGAGGUUCCUUUUAUGUUGGGACAGAAUGAAAUGUGUCAGAUAAGGAUAUUGCCAAUUGUUUUCUUUUCUCUAGAUUUAUGUUGGUAUGCUUCUUAUAUUAGAUUGUUAAGAUAUCCUAUAAGUACUUCUCCUUUAAAUUUCUUCAUUUGCCUUAUACACAUUAGCCAUUGGGCAGGGAUGCUGAUCUAAAAGCCUUGCUGAGAAAAGCUUUAUUGAGAUGGUUAAUAAGAUGCAUUUUGAUCAA